GAUCUAGGACGUCACGAAACGAAAGCUCAGAAAACAGAAAGUGAGGUUAGGUAAAAAGUAAACUGUCCAUGUGACUUGACUUACUGAUAUUUGUUUUGUAUAGGAAUUCAAGAUGGUUAAAACGUCACAUAAACGUUUCAUGAAGAAGGAGAAGAAUAAAGUAAAACUGAAAGGCCAGAGACUGCUUCCAAAAGGUCAAAAUGUUACAAAUACUAAUUUCAAAGUUAAGAAAAUUGUUAUAAAAGAGCAACUUAAGGAAGCAGGAGACUCCGAGCUUUUAUCAAAGAAAAAAUUGAAUGUCAAGGAGCUAGUAUCUCGGCUGACCCAUCACAAUGUGGGCAUGCGCAGAGAGGCACUGUUGGGACUCAAGCAGACCGCAGAGAUUUGUACGUCGGAAGCGUUCGUUCGCCAUUUGCCGACAAUGCUGGAGAGUGCGGCCAGCCUGGUGAUAGACAGAGACAGCGAUGUUCGGGCCGAUGCGCUAAAACUUCUCCGUGCAGUUCUCGCCAAGGUGUCGCUGGAACAGAUAACGCCGCUGUUCUCGAUACUGAGCUCGUUUCUGGUGUGUGCGAUGACACACAUCGACAUCGCGAUCAGGGAGGACUCUCUGAAGCUGCUCGACAUCCUGCUGGCCGAGUGUGGGCCACUAGUGGCGGCCACUGCUGACGACCUGUUGCCCAGGUUCAUUGACCUGAUCUCGCAGAGCAGUGGCGGUGUGAGGACGCUCUCGCUGCACAUGGGCGGGCGGCUGACUGUGGGCAAGUGGCGGGCUCAGGUGCUCUACAGACUGUGGAAGCUGUUGUCGUCGCUGCAGAGGAAGCAGGCGGGUUUGGAGGGGUCUAGGUUGAGCACAUGUUGUCGGACUGUUCACUGGAAUGAUGAUGACCCACUCUGUGUGCCACUGUAUUCCGACAUGCGACUACAAGCCAGCCAUGAGUUGGCGUUGGCCAGAAAUACAGGUGCCGUCAGGAGCUCAGCUGCUGAGAAAAUACAGGGUUACAUUGAGAAAUUGAUUCCUCUGCUGUUGGACACCUUUAUCGAAGUAGCGCCUCUCAAAGCAAAGGAUAAUAAUAGCAAAGAUGAUGUUGAUCCUCAUGACAUCUCAUCUGAAGCAUCUAUCCUGCUGCAAUGCAUUGUCGACAUCAUUCUCCUCCUUCUGGAUCUGUUAAGAGAAUCUAACAACUCAAGUGUCGAGUGGUUCUCUGAAACCUAUUCAAGUAUACUGAAGCGACGCCUUAUAAUGAAUCGCUAUCCAUACAAAUGCAGUCAACUGCGCUUGAAGCAAUCCAACAAGAAGCAGGCCAAGGAGGUCACAGCACUGCUCAAAGUAGUCGAAGGAACCCAGCAAGCCGAUGGACUUUGUCUCUUGCAGAAUUUGGGACUUUCUCGACUCAUUCUACUCACCUUCGCACAUGAUGCUGAUCGAGUUGUCAAAUAUCUGAUAAGUUGUUUACGGAACUGCAGUUCUCUGAAUGAAGAACACAGCAGGAUGUUGAAGUCUUGCUUGGAGGAGGCUUGUGCUCGUUCAGACAGCAGCAAAGAGGUUCGCAAAUUGCUGGAGACUGUUGCGUCACUGGCUGUCAAAACUUACAAAAUACCCGACCGUCCCUUUUCACGAAUGCUCUUCGAUUUCUUGUCCAAUAUAGCUCUGGACUACAACCAGUCAUAUUUGCAAGAAUCCGUUGAAUUCAAAAAGUGGCUGUCCAAUCUUGCUGAACUUCUCACAUUGCCUACUGUAGAAGCGAAGGUGGUACGACGAAUUACAUUGAUUGCCACACGCAACAAAGAAGCAUUCGUCGAGGGUCUGGAUGGAUAUAUUGAAAGUAUUCUCGAUAAUGUUGUCACAAUAAAGAUACAUUCGGCCGAUGGUGAGCAGGAAGUCGAACAAUAUCGACGUGAAAUAAUCGACUUAUUGUAUUGGGUGAAAGAUUGGGAUGAGGAAAUGAUCGACAAUCUUCAGAAAGCUGUGAAAAGUUGUUACUUUGGAGAAAAGUUGACAUCGCAUCUUGUUGACCUAUUGACUCUCAAAACAUUGAAAGAACCAGACGGACUACUGUCGAAUUUAAUACGAAAAGGGGAAUAUACAAGUCUUCUGAGGCCAUAAAUUGAACGUAAUUGUAAUUUUUAUAAAAUAGAUUUCAUCGUUGAAGACAGGGUUCUACCAUAGAGAAACGAUAGCAUAAGUAGAUAUCCCAUGGUAUAGGGCGUUUAUGUCGCAACUUUUACUGUUAUCCCAAGCCGAUAGUUCACAUAGUUCUUUCCUAUGCAGCUGUGUGACCCUG